GAUCAGUGAAGCAACGACGUCGAACAACAACGACGAGGGGCUGUUGGAUCGAAAGUCACCGACAAACGAAGCAGGCCUUGUCGGAAGUGAUGGUGUCGGUGGUGACCCAAAAUCACCCGAAAAGCCUUCCUCGUCCUCGUCCGCCACUCCGUCAGCGGCGGCCUCGAAGCUGGACAUUAAUGAAUCCAUGCGCAAGAUACUGUCCUCGGUGAAGGAAGCGAAGGAUCCGGCAUUCGAGGUGUGCGAUAUCGAUGUAAAAAUAGCCGAUCUUGGGAAUGCGUGUUGGGUCGAUAAGCAUUUCACCGAGGACAUACAGACGCGCCAGUAUCGCUCUCUCGAGGUGAUCAUCGGCGCCGGCUAUGAUACGUCGGCGGACAUUUGGAGUACGGCUUGCAUGGCGUUUGAGCUGGCGACCGGAGACUACCUGUUCGAACCCUUUUCGGGCAACGAUUACUGUCGCGAUGACGACCACAUCGCACACAUUAUCGAGCUACUAGGACCAAUCCCGAAACGUAUCGCACUGGCCGGCAAAAACUCAAGCCACGCGUUCAACUCGAAGGGUGUACUGAAAAACAUUUCAGGCCUGAAACCAUGGGGCCUGGUAGAUGUACUGAUCGAGAAGUAUGAGUGGCCGGUCGAGGAUGCGUUCGAGUUCAGUGAUUUCCUCAAACCGAUGCUGGAAUACGAUCCGCGAACGCGUGCAACCGCUGCCGAUUGCUUGCAGCAUCCAUGGCUUCGACCCUGAGUCCCCGCCGCCGUCCUUCAACCCGCCGCCAAUUGUGACACGAAGUGCGCGGACACGGUCCAUGAUGAUCCUUGCGGAUGAUAAUGUACGAAGGCAGUGUAACAAGGAAUGAGGUGACGCGACAGAUACAUGAUGAUUACGAUGGUUUAUGAUAUACCUUGCUAAGUGGAGCGAAUGUGUGUCAGUUAUUAUGGUUUGGAGGAACGAAAGUUGAUCUACUGCUAGAGUGCGUGUGCGUGAGACGGUUCGUUUUGGUGUUUCUAUUUAAACGAAUCGGAUGAAGAAAGGCUACGGAAUAUGAUUGUAAAAAGGUGCCGCCAGUGGUCAGUGCGAAGUGUGAGAAUACGAAGAUUGGUCGGUAAUGUGAGCAAAAUAGCACAAGCAACAACAUCAGCGAGUGAAAUCGAUCGGUUAUUUGAACCGCUUGUUUACUUGCGGCAUUAAUGCAGAAGGCUUAGUGAGAAAUGAUAGUAGUACAAUGGUGGCGAUGAUUGGAGGCGACGACUGAGGAAAAAGUAAAUUGUAAAAAAUUGGCAAAAAACAGAUAGUUUGUGUAGGAUUAUCGCCACAGCAAACGAUCAGCUUUACAAAAUAGAACAAUACAUGGAAACUAAACGACAACAUCAAUGCGUGUGCCGCGUGUGCCCUCGUUAACGACUGCAAGGAUGGACCGCUUUUUGGAUCUCGUGUGUGCGUGUGUGAGAGCGCGUGUAUCUGCGUUUAUGUUACUGGCUCAAGAAAGGAGGGCAGCAUCAGAGGUCAUCAACGGUUCGCGAUCUAGUAGUCACUCUGCGUAGUACACGUAGGAACGAGAAUGGCGCCAGGCGCUCCAAUCGAUCGAUGCGAUAUGCAGGCGAAUAUUGUUGAAUCACGUUACGAAGUUAAUGGAAAAUGAUUAUAUUAAUUAACAGAACAGAACCAGGUAGCGACAUUUUUAAGAAAUAAUAGAAAUUAUCAAUAAAACGGUUAUUAGUCGGUAGCACAUCUUAUACAUAAUGUUGUCCAUAGCCACCCGCGGGGAGAAGCCAGUAAACAUACGACGAGUUCUACCCUCAGUUGAGAACACGAAUUCGUGGAAAAAUUUGUGCGGUGGUAGAUUUGGCAUAAAAAAGGUUGGAAUUGAGAAUAACAGACACAAAAAAAGAAGAAAAUCCUUUCCCCUUACACUUCGAACCUUUUGGAACCCCCUUUGUUGAACCAAAUACGCUAGGAUCUUUCUCUUUACGCUCUUCGCUCGUGCGGAGCGGAGCAUCUCUCGAAACGAUACUUCCUAUUGUGUGCCAUGUUGUCUCAUUCCCGAGUAUUCCGCUGGAACUCUGACGUUGCUUCGGCCAAAAGGGCGGACGGACACUUUGGCAGAAGAGGACAGCGUUUUGACUAUUUUAUACAAUUCGUUGCUUUCCUGUUGUUCCAUAUGUGUCAGCGCCAGCAGCCGGGAAUACGUCUACAAAAGCUGUGCGGGAAUAUGGAUUCUUCCCCCUUGAUGUUAAGAUGUAUGUAUGUCGGUUGUACACGCUCGCAUGUGCGCAUCUUGCGGCUAGGUAAGAAGUCCGUCCUUAGGCAAACAUGACGAACAUCAGAGAAGACGCACGAGAGACGCAUAGGAAGAACAUCGUUCACCGUGAUGCAAAAACGGUGAUACACCGAGUAUAGGAACAGGCACAUCGAAUGAUGUGUCCCUAUGUUUGUAUGUGUGUGUCUGUGUUUGUGUGUAUAGUGAGACCCAAAAACCGUUUCACGAAGCGUCGGUUGGUGGCCGGUGUUUCCACCCAGUCGUCUACCCAUCCUUACCUCACCAUGGUGUGUUCCUGACGUUGUCUUUCGUGUAGCCCAAUAUAGGAUAGGAGAAGGUACUACUAAGAGGAGUUGCUUCUUGGCCGUGCUUGAGGUUUUCAAGAUUGUAAACGAGAGCGGCUACCUGUCCUUGCCACCAGCUCAUUAUCAUCGUGAAUCAGUCUCUUCCAUGGAUACGUAACAUGUUCAUUGCACGCUAUUAGAACCUGCCGCGCGCACACAUUGACAUCUGAUGCAACUUUAUGCACCUUGUUUUGCAGUCGAAUGAAAAUGGAAUGUCAUUAAUUUGUCGUGGGUAGUAGUUGCCAAUCUUUCUUCUUGGCGAACCUAACGGAUUGGGGGGUUCUUUCUGACCCUUAACAUUGAAGCCUUUGAAUGAUUACAACAGCGGCAUGAUGUGACGCACGCCAGGUCAUUGGGAUUUCUUUAAAUCAUCAAAUCAUCUCGACGACGAAAUUGAAGAAGAGUGGACCAUAAAGACGGUAGUAGAAAAGAGGAACAAAGACGGCUUUCUUUGAGAGGCCUAUCUCAAUGAUGUAUCUAUAUCUCUCGAUGAUCUCGCAAUAGGUAUCUUCCUCUUACCGUCAACGCUUUCACGGAUACAAGAGUGGGGAAAGGCUGCUGUGCAUGAUCCUAGCACACAAUGCGUGAUGUGAGGGAUGCCUCAUGUUCAUAUUCUUCUCAUCAUCAUCAUCAUCAUCAUCACCACCAGAGCACUGCUCCUACACCGUGUGGUUUAUGCACGAACCCGUCCGGGUGCCGUUUGAAAAGUGCUAAGAAUUCAAUUCAUUUCCGCAAUCACGCGAAUAACAAACACACACAUCCACACAUACAGAUAUGAAAAAUAUGCGUACAUCACACGGACAAUUAGAGAUCGAUUCAUUUGGUCAGCAUCAAAUCACAUCUCGUCUAGUAUAUUUCAAUUAUCCCGACCGUUUGGAAUCGAAUCAAAGUAGGCUAUAUUGGGAUGUGUCAGGAAUAUUUUCUUCGUGACUCAUCACCAUUCUCGCAGGCAAAGUCAACUUUGAGUUGUUGUGCGUAUUUACGAGAAGAACAACGCCCAAAAUAUAGUGCGCACCCUAGUGAGGAGAAGUUUUGUGAAUAUGAUUUGUUAACGUGUUAAGCUAUUGUUUUUGAUGAUUUCGUAAACCUCUUAAGCUCCGAAUGGUAUCAUACGGUGAAUAUAUGUUUAGUAUCAUUCGCCGUUGAAUAUACGCAUGAAUAUAUUAGGUAUUAUUUUAGAUUCUAGAACAGCAAAGCUCACGAAUGGUUCACUUAGAAUCUAGAACAUCGAAUACGUAGCUCUACGUCGGUUGUUUGAUCAUAGGGAAAGGAUUAAAAAAACACAAAACAUUGUAAGACCAUCUCCGGUGCUCUCGGAUUGAAAUUUCCCCAGAAACAUUACAGCAUGAUGGGAUGCUUUCUCGUUCUCGAUGAUCAUCCUGCAUUGGGUAAUGAAUUUAGGAAUAGCAAACCAAAUCUCUCUUCACGAAUGCUUUAACUACUGAGCGAAAAAGUUUUAACUACUGAGCGUCUAAAUGGAGGGUGUAGCAGGUGAGAAUGUGAUCAACCGAUCAACCAAUGGUGUAGAGCUGGUGCCUGAGUUCUGGAUUCUAAAUUGAUCGAUUGCGGUUGUGUAGUGAGAGGCUUGCAUAAUAAGUUACUCGUCCUAGCUCACUGACGGAUGUUACUCUUCUUAGUUUACUGAACGGAUCAAGCCACGGUAAUUGGUGAAACCAGUCGGAAAGGAAAUCGAAUUUGAGCAAUCAUCACACCCCGGUUACAUAUGUUGUGUAUGCACAUAGAGCAUUAUAGAUUAAUAUAUGUAGCUUAACCAAUGUAUUUAUCGCAUAUCCCUAUAUGAUCAUCGUCUCCAUUGUGUACCGUUAUCUCAGCCUACCACCAAACGCAUUAUCGUUCUUUCGACAACUAUCCUUAGGAUCGUUCGCCAUUUCAUUAAGAUCGCGCUCAUAACCGUUCAGGGGCAAGUGAAGAGAAGCUGGAAAAAUAUGCUAAAGCAAACCAAACAAAAUCACCCACAAAAAGGGAUUCAUCUAAUAAUUAUCUCCUCAUGCGUAACUAUCCUAAUGUGGUACGACCAAAAUAGUAGAUGAACGUGUUGGAUACGCGCCCCUCCUCGCCCCCAGGCAAUCCCUUAAACCUUGUUCGAAGUGGAGGAAAACGCUUCCAACAACAUCCCGGUUAGUAGCAGCUUAGUCGGGUCUAGUUGGAUGGUUUUAUAAGACAAUGUAUUUAGUAAUAAGACCGAAUGCUGCUGAUGAUAUGCCUUCACACGCAAGGGCGAAAGAUGGCAAAAACUAUACAACUUAUCAUAUGAUCAUUGGCUGACAGCAAUGACAAGACGAGGCGGAGGGGACACUAGGAGAUUGGACGGACGCGUGGUAAAUUAUGAAUCGUAAAGAAAAAUGUACUUUUGAUAACAAUAACCUUAUUCUGGACA